AAAUUAAAAAAAAGUGCUAAAAUUUUAUAAAUUUCAAUACAAAAAGGCCGAAGAAACCGCCGGUGAGGCAAACAGAGCUACAUGAAUUAAUCAAUCACACAUCACGCAUCAGCAUCAUCCCGCACUCACGCAGACACAUCUGAGAGGAAAUGAUUCCAAGGAUACAGUAGACCGUGAUCCUAACACUAGACAGCAACCAAUGCAUAGCAAUAGUAUGAAUAACAUACAGAGCGUCCCGCCUCCCCCCGUGGCUGGUGCGGGCGUGGGCGUGGGCAUUAAGACGGCCCGGAGCAACAUCUUCAAUGUGGAUGGUUUGCCGCAGCAGAUGGCCAGCCUGACCAUCGACUACUCCAGCAUUCGAGGCAAGGAUGUGCUGGUGGAGCCGAAUGAGGGUCAAAUGGAGCUGCUCCAGAAGCGGCUCCUUGAUCGCAUAGCGGACAGUUGUGGGGAGACCAUCUACGAGAUUGGCGUUGGCGAGGAUGGCAGCGAUAAGGGUCUGAAUCCGGAGCAAUUCGAUGCCUCCGUGAGCACGUUGCAUCUGCUGGCAGCCAAUAUCGAUGCAGACGUGGUCAAGCUGCGUGAGCGGCGGGCAGAAAAGGGACAGACGGCCCAGUUCCUCAUACGGAAGCACAUCGAGACGACCGAUUUCAUGGAGAUACGAGUGGCCGUUGUGGGUAAUGUGGACGCUGGCAAGUCCACCCUGCUGGGCGUACUCACCCAUGGGGAGCUGGACAAUGGACGCGGUCAUGCGCGCCAGCGACUCUUUCGGCACAAGCACGAAAUUGAGAGCGGACGCACCAGCUCCGUGGGCAACGACAUACUUGGCUUCGAUGGGGUGGGCAACGUGGUCAACAAGCCGGACCAUGGACACCUGGACUGGGUCAAAAUCUGCGAGAACUCUGCCAAGGUCAUCACCUUCAUCGAUCUGGCAGGGCACGAGCGCUACCUUAAAACCACAGUCUUCGGCAUGACUGGACAUGCUCCAGACUUCGGGAUGUUGAUGAUCGGGGCUAAUGCUGGCAUCAUUGGAAUGACCAAAGAGCACUUAGGCUUGGCCCUUGCCCUGGCCGUGCCCGUCUUCGUGGUGGUCACUAAGAUCGACAUGUGUCCUGCCAACGUGUUGCUAGACAACAUGAAGAUGCUAUUUAAGAUGCUCAAGUCGCAGGGGUGCCGCAAGGUGCCCGUGGUGGUGCGCACCCAGGACGACGUCGUCCUUAGUGCCACGAACUUUGUCAGCGAGCGUCUGUGCCCCAUUUUCCAGGUGUCCAAUGUGACCGGAGACAACCUAGAGCUGUUGAAAACGUUCCUUAAUCUGCUGAGCACGCGGAUGGCCGGCUCCGAGAGUCUACCAGCCGAGUUCCAGAUCGACGAUGUCUACUCUGUGCCAGGCGUCGGCACGGUAGUCUCGGGAACUUGCCUCCAAGGCACCAUCAAGUUGAACGACGGUCUCAUGCUUGGCCCUGAUGCAGUGGGGGCCUUCGUGCCGAUCACUAUCAAGAGCAUACACCGGAAGAGGAUGAACGUGGCACGCGUGCGCUGUGGUCAGACGGCAAGCUUCGCCCUGAAGAAGAUUAAGCGGGCCUACCUGAGGAAGGGGAUGGUGAUGGUGUCGCCGGACUUGAAGCCCCAGGCCUGCUGGGAGUUCGAGGGAGAGAUUCUGGUGCUCCAUCACCCCACCACCAUCUCAGCCAGAUACCAGGCGAUGGUCCAUUGCGGCAGCAUACGCCAGACGGCAUCCAUCAUACAUAUGUCGCGGGACUGCCUCCGCACUGGCGACAAGGCCCAAGUGAAGUUCCGCUUCAUCAAGCAGCCGGAGUACAUACGACCCGGUCAGCGUCUGGUAUUCCGCGAGGGACGCACCAAGGCAGUGGGUAACAUCCUGCGUCCCAUGCCCCACGCAGCCGCUUCUCCUUACCGCCCCAAGCCUGCCAAGAUGCAAUCCCGAUCUCAGAACGGCGGAAGCAAUGGCACCAACAAUCGACUGCAGGGCCAGGGAAGCUCCUCCGGAGCUAGUUGCAGCAAGGACUGUGGCGAGGAGAAGCUGAAUGGCGACAAGCGCGAGGGAGGCAGCCGUCGAGGCGGCAAGCGGAAACGAAACAAUCGCCCGCCACUGCCCGGGACGAAUCAAUCCAACGGCUCUGCCGCCCUAACGCUACCGCUUCCCGGCGGUGAGGCACCGUCCUCGGCUGCCUCCACGGCAUGCCCGGAGUGAGAACCGUUUCCUUUGUUCUUUCUAGUUCUGUAAGCAAAAGUAUUUGAAAAACUCUGCCAAAGUCUGGCGACCCAAUCAGUUAAAAAGUUGAAAAGAUAGAAACUAUUUUGCUACUGGAAUCCAAAAUAAUAGACAUUUGGCCUGUAAUAAAUUGGACCGUGUUCCGUUCUCGUCCACUCCACUGUAAAAUGAGUUGACAAAUCGAA